AUGGACCUGGCAGUGGCACCAGAGUGCAUUCUUCAAGAGGCCAGCUUGUCCCAGCUGCAGACGCUGUGCUUCUUGACUUCAUCCACGUUUGCACUUCUCUCCGCCCUGUUCCAGUACAUGCGGGAGUGGUAUGGUCAUGGAGAGGCCAACAAUGGGUGGACAGCCCCAAGCAAAGUAGCCUCUCUCCGCAGGGCCUUUGCUUCAGACUGGGGUUUACACAGUGACGGACAGCUCAUUGAGCACCCAGACAAACCCAAGCCCGUGAGCGUUACAGACCACAGAGGUCUGUCACCUGGGCGGGCUAGGUGGCCUGACCGUGACGCCCCCACCGCGCAGCAGACACAGCUACAUGAGCCGCAGGUGUACGCCGGCCGGUCGGGCCGGCUUGAGGCAGAGAGCAAGGAAGGAAAUGAAACCGCACUGGAAGACAAUGAGCCCGGUUUCACAACGCCACAGGUUCCCUGCAAGCCGCAGGUGCUGCCUUUCCAAAAGGGAUGGGACCUCGGAAAGCCUGCAAAGCGGCCUUCGCCGGACCGGCCGCACAGCCUGCCGCGCCAGAAGCGGCGUCCAGAGCAGGCGCCAGACGCUCCGCCCAUGUUGCCAUUCCAGAAGCCCGAUGUCGAGAGUCUUGGAAAUCUUGGCGAUCUUGGCUCUGACAUGCCAAAAGUACACUGGUUCCAGGAGCAUCCCCUGCCUGGUCAGCACGCAGGCACCGCACCGGAACCUAGUGAAUGGCCGCUGCCGUUCCGUGACAAGUACUUGCCGGAGAGCCUGAAAGCCCAAGACCAAGCUCAACUCGCCGCAGCCAACGAUGCGAGCCGAAAUGAGGAUGCUCCGAAUCCGCAGCCGGCGCUCGGCUCCCCGGAUGCCCUUGCGGGCUUCCUGCCGGUGCCGGCACCCAUGCCUCCUUCGUGCCCGCCUCCCGUGCCUCCGCCACCUCCAGUGCCUCCGCUACCUCCGGUGCCUCCGCCACCUGCAAAGCAUGUCGCAACCAUGGAGGGUGACAACAUCCGGCCGCGCCUGAUGCGGCACUUGAGGGAUAGCCUGAGGGAAAGCAGCGUCCCGUCAGAGUUGAGCCAAAGCAACCCCCUGACAAUCCCGAGCAUCGGGAGCUUUGGGCAUCCGGACAUGUGCUUUCGGCCGUGCGUGUACCUUGAGAAGGGAUACUGCGCGCGCGGCGCUUUCUGCACGCACUGCCACUUCGGUCAUGAGAAGACAUACUCGCUCAGCAAGAAUCAAAAGAGGUUCGUUGAGACUCAAUUGGACGAAGUCUCCGUGCUGGCAGGGCUUCUGCCCCGCAUCCAGGCGAAGGCCAUCGAGCGCGGCCUGCAGCAGGAGGUCAGCAACUUGUGCGCCUUAAUCCGGCACCGGGUGGAUACCCUCAGCAAGCGCCGGAAGGUGCGGGAAGUUCCUACAGAGCUGGGUGGCGCGAUGCAGCGGCUAUCAUUGCACACACUUACCGGCAUCCUCGUUCGAAGGACGGACUUCGAGCGCGAGUUCAUGGAGGAGCUGACCGUUGCCGUGGCGCAGUUCCGUGCGGCGAUACCGACCUCCCUGCGAUCGAUCCGCGAGGGCGGCGCGGAGAAGAUGCCUGUGGACACUUUGCCGGCAUUUCAGUGA